UGGAGCACUGCUCAAAACACUCGCAAGAGCAUCCAGAAGUCAUGACUUACCUGCAGACCAGAUACUCCAAGGCUCUACCAACCUUCCUCACAUCUGUGGAGUUUCGUAACACUUUGGGCCGCUGCCUCACUCGAGCCCAGGCCAACGCUGGCAAAACCUUCGUCUACAUUAAUGAACUCUGCACUGUUCUGAAGCAGCACACGCCGAGAAAGAGAAGCUCCAUACAGUCGCUUUCUGUCAAGGCCAAACCUGAGGAGAAGAGCAAUGGAGUUAACAUUAAAGAGGAGACUCCGGGUGAACAAGACGGAGGAAAAGAUGUCAAACAGGAGGAAGAGGAGUCAACGAAAACCAAAAGAGCUUCCAGAAGACAGAUUGCGUAUCUGGAAAACCUGUUGAAGGUGUAUAAUGAGGAGAUCCGCCGGCUUCAGGAGGGGGAUUUGAGUUUGGAUGAUCUGGAGAAAGAAGAUUCCAGUUAUAUUCAAGAGCACAAGCUUAAACGCAAGAUGAUGAAGAUCUAUGAGAAGCUGUGUGAGCUGAAAGGCUGUAACACUCUGACGGGUCGAGUGAUCGAGCAGAAGAUCCCGUACAGUGGAACAAGAUACCCAGAAAUCAACAAGAAGGUUGAACGUUUCAUCAACAGUUCAGAAGCUCUUCUCAAUCCUCCAGACUACAGUGAUAUCCUAAAGAUCGUCCAGAGAGCAAACGAACGCUACAAUCUCCAGCUCUCCCGCAAACAGCAAACCCAGAUCUCCCAAGAAGCCUUCAGAGAGACGGGCAACAAACUACAGGAGAGACGACACCUCGACAUGGUCUACAACUUCGGCUCUCACCUCACCGAUCCAUACAAACCUACUUUAGACCCUGCACUCAUGGACCCAACACUGCAUCGUAAACUCCGCUCUAAUAGAGACGUGGCCAUCAGCAGCCUGGAGGACGUUAUCAACAAAUACGCCAAUAAACAGGAAGACAUGGAAGUGGAGGAAACCAAGAAAAGACAAGACCGAGAAAGACUGAAGAAAGAGGCUGUUAAUGGGCAACAGAGUGAAAGCAAAGAAAAAGAAAAGGAGGAGCAAGAAGAAAAAGAGAAGGAAGAGGAAGAAGAAGAGGAGGAGGAGGAAGACGAAGAAGAAGACGAUUCUUCAGAUCCUGACAUUGAAGACGAAAUCCAAGCCAGCGAACAACAAGCUGGUCCUGAUGAGGAAGAAGAUGUGGAAGAGGAGCCUGCCAACAUCAGUGAUAACGACCAGCCCAUCAAUGAAAGCUCUCCUCUGUCAAUCAAAUCCUCCGUUCAGGACACAGAAGAGGAUGAGGAGCAGUCUCCGCUCAGCAGCACACAUGAAGGAUCUGCGGAAACAAACACAAACACGAACGGACCUGCUAAACAAAGCCCCGAGUCCACAGACAACGUCAAGCCAGACAACGUCAAGCCAGACAACGUCAAGCCAGACAACGUCAAGCCAGACAACGUCAAGCCAGAGAACAUCAAGCCAGACAACAUCAAGCCAGAGACCAUCAAGCCAGAGAACACAGACUCUCUAGCUGUAGUCAAGACCGAACAGGUUUCCUCCAAUCACGUUGAAGCUGUGUCUGCGAGUACUGAGACCGUGUCCAUUGUGUCCGAGGAGUCGUCCACAGCCGUCACGAGAUCCGCCAACUGCAGUCCGCUGCUCCCAACCAGCCCAUUACUAAUCGACGAGACGGGCAAGUACAGGAAGAGGAAACGCAGAUCCACAGAGAACCACACUACUGCUCACAAUGGGAACUGCACUGAGGACAGUGAUAUUCCUCUGGAUAUGGGAGUGAUCUGCUGCUCUGAACAGGAAGAUGUGACCUGUCUGAAGACACCACCGCGAAAAACAGCCAGGAACUCACGAGCCACACCACCACCCAAGAAAAAUAAGGUGAACGUAGCAACUCAAUGCGAUCCGGAGGAAGUGAUCGUUCUGUCUGAUUCCGAGUGAAUCCUGCCGUCACAGGGUACUGAACUGGCAACCAGUCAGCUUCUUGCUCCAAUAGUGCCUGCUAAUGUGAACCGAGGACAAAAGGGUUUAUUUUAUUAUUUUAUUUUAGGAUGGGUGCAGUCCGCUUUUGAACCUCCACCAGUUUACUUUUUAUACAUAGACAAAUGGCAUGCCGUUAUUGAUUGGGGCUUUUUAGAGGUAUUUUGGUAUACUGUAAAUGAGUCUUACCUCUAAACAUUCUUACUUCACCUCAUAUUUAUGGUUUUAUUUUUGAGGGUUCGGACGCAAUCCUCAUUUCUACCAAGAGUCUUUAGGGGAAGCGAGAUUUCCCUUCUCAAUCAAUAAACGAUCUCAUUUUGUGUA